AUGAUGUUCACCCACGUCGAGGAUGAUGACUCCAAUGACUCCAAUGACUCCGAUGACUCCGAUGACUCCGAUGCAGGAAAUACGCAAGAUGAGCUGUUGAAGGAAUGGAAUGAUCUCAUGUCGCCAGUGCUUAACAACGAUACAAAUCGAAACGCGUCGAAAACCCCAAUUAUUCUUCCGAUCGCCAACGAACUUCUUGUGGAAUUCGAUGUGGUCAAAUGGCGGCAGAGACUCGAUGAUAUUCGUAGAACACGCUACAACCAAUCAAUGAGAUGGACCAAAGGAGAGUUUUCCCCCCGUCCUCGGGCAGAGAAUUUGCUCUGGCUGCAGGUGUAUCUACUGGACUGCGAGAUCCGACAACUGAUAAAGAGUUUGCGCUCUAUUGUACGUAUAGAGGGAGAAAUAUUGUUGGAGCCCCCUCGAGAACUAGAGAUCACCAGCGAAAGGAUCGCCCAGGCUGUUCGCCGUGCAUGGGCGGAUAUGGACGAAGAUUCCAUUCAGGAUCCGCUCGUGGCACUGGAUCGUAAGAUUGCUGGAGAGCUCGGCGUAUCGUUGAGUGAAGAUGACACCAGCUCAUAUAUACGUCAGCUCGCAGACUUGUUGAAGUUGAGAUGUGUCUUUUUUGCAGCAUAUCUCAUGGCCAUUCCAGACUCAUCAGAAUUCCUGCGAUAUCACCAAUCGGGUGCAGACAUUAGACUUCCCAUGAUCUGA